AUUGUAAUAUUGCAACGUCCACGGGGGGGAUUGUACUGCGCGCCAUGUCUCUCAUAUGCUCCAUUUCUAAUGAGGUACCAGAGCAUCCCUGUCUGUCCCCAGUCUCAAAUCAUGUUUAUGAGCGAAGACUGAUUGAAAAGUAUAUUGCAGAGAAUGGGACUGAUCCAGUAAACAAUCAGCCACUGUCUGAGGAACAGCUGCUAGAUAUUAAAGUUGCCCACCCAAUUCGGCCUAAGCCUCCUUCUGCUACCAGUAUUCCAGCUAUCCUGAAGGCCUUACAAGAUGAAUGGCUUCAAGACAAAGCCACAGUGCUGACCACAGAGCGGAAGAAGAGAGGGAAGACUGUGCCAGAGGAGCUGGUGAAACCAGAAGAACUUAAUAGAUACCGGCAGGUGGCUUCACACGUGGGAUUGCACAGUGCCAGUAUCCCUGGCAUCCUUGCUCUUGACCUGUGUCCUUCUGAUACCAACAAGAUCCUAACAGGUGGUGCUGAUAAAAAUGUUGUUGUCUUUGACAAGAGCUCAGAACAGAUCCUGGCCACCCUGAAAGGUCACACGAAGAAGGUCACCAGCGUCGUGUUCCACCCAUCCCAGGAACUGGUGUUCUCAGCAUCUCCAGAUGCCACUAUCCGUAUUUGGUCAGUCUCUGGCGCUUCCUGUGUGCAGGUUGUACGAGCCCAUGAAAGUGCUGUCACAGGGCUUAGUCUCCAUGCAACUGGCGAUUAUCUUCUGAGCUCUUCUGAUGACCAGUAUUGGGCUUUCUCUGACAUCCAGACUGGCCGUGUUCUCACCAAGGUCACCGAUGAAACCUCUGGCUGUGCUCUCACCUGUGCUCAGUUCCACCCUGACGGGCUUAUUUUUGGGACAGGAACAAUGGACUCCCAGAUUAAGAUCUGGGACCUAAAGGAGCGGACUAAUGUCGCAAACUUCCCUGGACACUCUGGUCCCAUUACUAGCAUCGCCUUCUCCGAGAACGGCUACUACUUGGCCACUGCUGCUGAUGACUCCUCAGUCAAACUCUGGGAUCUCCGCAAGCUGAAGAAUUUCAAGACGCUGCAGCUGGAUAAUAACUUUGAGGUGAAGUCUCUCAUCUUUGAUCAGAGUGGUACCUAUCUGGCCCUGGGUGGUACUGAUGUCCAAGUGUUCAUCUGUAAGCAAUGGACAGAAGUUCUUCAUUUCACAGAGCAUAGUGGGCUGACAACAGGAGUAGCCUUCGGACACCAUGCUAAGUUCCUCGCGUCCACAGGCAUGGACAGAAGCCUGAAAUUCUACAGCCUGUAGCUUCUGUUUCUAGGAUGCAAAGCAUCUGGAUCCUAUUCUUUGCUGUAAUGAAAAACUAUGGGAUAAGCAUGGGGUUUUGGACUGAUGGAACAUCAUGUACAUUAUAGCUGCUGAUGUCAGUUUUCUGUAGCAUGGAAAAUUGCCCACAGUUUUAAAUAUAUUUGUUUUCCUCUGUGUUCGUUUUUCAUGUAGAUCUGUAACAAUAACAAUACUUAGUCAAAACCCAUGCACUGCUGACUCUCUAGUAGGGAUAGUGGCAGAGAUGAGGAUGGAGAAAGGGUUGGGGAGACGUGCAGUUUUUUGUAUGCUGCUCUCUAGUUUCAUUAAAAAACAAUAUUCAACUGUAACAAUGUGCUUUUGGGUGGUAUCUUACAUUUCAAACAUUUGUAUAUUGAACUACAUUUUGCCAACACACACAAAUGUUUAUACAUAACAGCUUUUGAAUUUCUCACAGCAUGAGAAGGUAUCACAGUUCAGCAAUUUUGAUGAUGAAUUCCUUAAAGAUAGUAUUCAAUUUAUAGGCACAUUCUGAAGGCAGUAGAUUCUCGUAACCAUUCAUUAAAAUGGAAUGUUUGAAAUACAGCCUCAAAUAGGGAGCAUACAUACUACUUUGAGAUAUGAAAUCUGGUACUUGUUUUAUUACAAUAGACAAUAGUAUGCUAUGUGGACCAGGACCUGAUUUGCAUAAAGCGCCUUUCUGUAUCUAGAUAUCAGUGUGGUUUUGAGCAGUUCUUUUCUCUGGGCCUCUUAUUUCCAAAUACCUUCAUUUCCGUUUCAUUUCAUUGUUUCCUAAAUAUAUAAACGUGUACAUUUUAUUCUAUAUAAACAUUGUUUUAAGCAUCACUUGGUUAUACUGGGAUAAAACAGACCACAAAGUUUAUCAUUUUAGGUGAAUUCAUCUGGCC